GUGCCUGUCUUGUUGUUUCGUGCCUGUCUUGUUGUUCGUGUUUGUCUUGUUCUCGGAACAGUUUAUGUUAAAUUGGAGAUAUAAAUGAAAUAUUUUGAGUGAAUAGAGAUAAAUUAAUUAUAAUAAACACCAUGACCUUUAUACCUAAUUGGGAAGAAUUUGAAAAGUCUGCAGAAAUGUUAUAUUUACGUGAUCCAAUGAAUACUAGAUACAGUGUGAAAUACUCACAUUCAAAAGGCAUAUUUUUAGUUAAAAUUACAGAUAAUAAGAAGUGUCUUCAAUACAAAACUGAGGUCCAGCAAGAUGUCAGAAAAAUAGACAAAUUCAUUUCUAAUUUAAUGAGGCACAUGGCAUCAAAUGAAAUCUAAUUAAAUAGUUAUUUACAUUUAUUUUGUGAUUAUUUUAUUCUUCUAAAUUCCUUCUAAAAUUUCUAAAGUUAUUGCCUUUUCAUAAUGAUAUCUGUCCCUUGCAAUAAAGGCAUCUUUGGAUAGUUUCCAUUUGUAUACAUUGUA